AUGUCUGCAGGAGGAGCAGGACCCCUGUCUGGCCGCCUGGCCAUAGUGACUGGCGGAGGAGGAGGCAUCGGUGGCGCCGUCUGUCAGCUGCUGGCGGAGAAAGGAGCCCGCGUGGUGGUUGCCGGACGCACGCUGGAAAAAGUUGAAGCCGUGGCCGCGGCACUGCCAGGUUGCCUCGAUCACAAGGCUAUGCAAGUGGACGUUGGUGACGCAGCCUCGGUAGAACGCCUAUUUGACGCCGUGAAGAAGUUCAGCCCAGUGACCGCCAAUAUUGUGGUCAACUGUGUGGGGCUUUUGCACAUAGAAACUCCGACGGUUGUCGAGAUGAGCGAGGACAUCUUCGACUGCUCUGUUCGGGGGAAUCUCAAGGGACCGUUCCUGGUCAGCCGAGCUGCGGCACGUGCCAUGCUACAAGCAGGAGUCACCGAUGGAGCAAUUGUUAACGUGUCAAGCCGUGCUGCUAACGAUGCCAUCCCGCGCAUGUCGGUAUACGCUGCCUGCAAGGCCGCGAUUGUGGUCUUCACGCGCUGCAUGGCGAUCGAGCUGGCAUCGCGGGGCAUCCGCUGCAAUUCCGUGUUGCCCGGACUGACAGAUUCGCCGCCCGUGCUCAGCAUGGACAAUGAAUUGCGCAACGCCCUGUGUGCAAGCAUCCCCCUCGGUCGGCCAGCCACGACCCGAGAAAUCGCAGAAGUCGUCGUGUUCCUCUGCUCUCCAGAGAGCUCGUACGUGGUGGGCGCCGCUUGGGUGGUGGCUGGAGGAAAGCAGUAGGCGCGCCACUAGCAAGCUUCACUGGGGAGGUUGAUGAUAUGCGGGGUGUCCUAGCUAACGUCAGUAUGGAUCUGAAAAAAGCAAAUACUACUGCAUUCUACACAAAUAAAGCUCACAUAUGCGAUAUUGUUCGCAAUUACAUUUUUAACGACGUCAUGUAAUAUUACAGGUUGGCGCCUUUA